ACACGACCAACAUCCGCCACAGCCACGGCCAUCGUUCCGACUCCUCAAUCACAUACGCGCGAUCACACACACUGCAACCAUGGCCAACUACCUCGCCUCCAUCUUCGGUACGGAGCAGGACAAGGUCAACUGCUCCUUCUACUACAAAAUCGGCGCCUGCCGUCACGGCGACCGCUGCUCGCGCAAACACGUCAAGCCCUCGUACUCGCAGACCAUCCUGUUGCCCAACUUGUACCAAAACCCGGCCUACGACCCCAAGAACAAGAUGAACCCGCAGCAGAUGCAGAUGCACUUUGACGCCUUCUACGAGGACAUUUGGUGCGAACUGUGCCAGUAUGGACUGGUGGAAGAGCUUGUCGUAUGCGACAACAACAAUGACCAUCUCAUCGGCAACGUCUACGUCCGCUUCAAGUAUGAGGAGGACUCGCAAAAGGCCUGCGACGCCUUGAACAGCCGCUGGUAUGCUGGCCGCCCCAUCUACUGCGAACUCUCGCCCGUCACCGAUUUCCGCGAAGCAUGUUGUCGUCUUAAUAGCGGCGAGGGCUGUGUCCGCGGCGGCUUCUGCAACUUUAUCCAUCGCAAGGAACCCUCGGCUGAGCUGGAUCGCGAAUUGGACAUGUGUACGCGCAAGUGGCUGAAGGAGAGAGGCCGUGAUGAGAGGAGUAUGAGCAGGAGUCCGACACCACCAGCGGGCGCGGCGAAGAGGGCCUAAGCGGACUGAAGCGCAAGGCACGUGUGGUGGAAGCCGAAACUCUGGGAAGCGUUGAGAGGGAUGGUAGACACGAGGCAAUGAUUGAGGAUGCGAAGGAAUCAAACACGGCGGUACCGUCCGCAACGAUGGCGACUCGUCGACUUCGCCAUUUCGUGCGUCUUACCAUGCCGGCACUGGAUUCGAAUGGUCCGUGAACGGCACGAUGGAGCUCCGCUCUACAUAAUGGGUGUGAGGCCGAUCAGCGACCAAGCAGGCGUGAGGCGUUCAAUACUAAAGCUCAUAGGUAUAUCUUGUCACUUGGGUAGCGAUUGUCUCGCUGACGAGUUUUCAGGUAGUUUGUCAUAAUGCAUUAUUUGAGGA